UAGCAAUUGUGCUUACUGUUUAUAACUAUAGUUCCUUUUAUGUUUAGUUCAAUUGCUGAAUUGAAAAUGAAGUUCUUAACUGAACUUUCUGAUAGAAGGCAAAUAGAUUUCUUUUGCUGUCAUGUUAUAGGAUGCAAAUUCCGUAACUGAUGAUAUUGUGGCUCUCCUGUGCCAAUACGGGAGUUAAGUUUAUCCACUGUCCUCAGGAUGAUAAAUAUUGUGCACAGGAACGACAAAUGGUAUUUUGCCCGACUUGUGGAAAGUUGUUGCAGGUUGCCUCACAGAAACCGUCCAUCAAGAUAUUUCUGCCCUUCGUGUCCUAUGUUGAGAUAAGGAGGAAACAAGAUCUGGUUAGGAAAAAGAUAAAGCCUGACUUUUCAAAAGAACACACAAGAUGGGAGAAAUGGCCCUCCAAUACUGUGACAUGCCCGCACUGUGGCGACAGAAACGCCACUUACCAUCAAUCUCGAACACGGUCUGCUAAUGAGCCAAUGACAGCAUUUCCUGGCGCCUGGAAAGAAAUGGUGGAAAGAUUUGACCUCUUAAUGCCACAAUCGGAGACGGUGCGAGUAUUUUGAGGAGUUAAUUGCUACGCCUAAAAGACAGGACCGAUGGUUAGAUUGUGAGGUACUCGUUUGUGAUGAAGAAGCUGAUAUAAAUGAUUAUCAUCCAUGCACAUCAUGCAAUACACUGAUGCUUU